UGUAUGUAUGUAACGUAAUUAUCGCUAUCCAUAAUGUAUGUAACGCACGCACAUGUGUCACACAAACAUGUAUAUUAUAUGAGCGUAAUAAGGUGUCCAAAAAUUAAUUUGCUUUAUAAAAGCGCCAGAAUUAAUUAUGAGAAUUAUUUUGCAACAAACACGUCGGCCAAAAUCGCGCAAUUUAUCAGAGCAAAUUGAAUUAAGCAAAGGAUAUUAAAGUGCAUACGAAAUGAAACAUGCGAUUUUUCAAAAAGGUAUUAAACACAUCGAACGCGCAUUUGAAUCUUCCGCCAUUUCGACGAUCGCGAUCGCGCGUGGCCGGCGUGGCUACACUGGCUAGGGAAAAAUGUUGCGUGUUGGAAGUUGGAAGUAGGAAGCUGGUGAUUUAAGGUUUGUUUCUAGUAGCUGAACCUUCUGUACGCACUUUCCAUCUUUCCUCUUUUUUCGCAAGUCAAUUGUAUGUUUCAAGCGUAGAAGGUGUAGCACAGCACAGCUAAUUUAAUUGCAAGAACAAACCUUAGCUCUAACCUUUACCUUACCCAACCUAACCUAACUUAAGCCUGAGAACGUUCUCAUAAGCGUCGACUGGUCGGUGGUCGACACCACGUGAACGCAUCUCGUUACGUACUCACUGGAGAAAAUACAUCACAACUGUACCAUUUCCAAAAUAAGAUAAUAUAAAAUUAAUAAGGAGGAACGGUACUACAAUAGGAUUUGAAACGUAGUCGAAUUGAAUAUAUCCCUGAAUCAAGAGGAGAGAACAGAUUGUGAAUCAUUGAAAUAAACAGCAGUUCGGAAGAGAUUACAAGUCCACACACUCUACGUCUACACGGAAACACUUAUCAGAGAGAAAAAAGAAGAAAAAAUCAGAACGCGGUGAACGCGUAAUCUUAAAAAAGAAUAAUCUCGAUCGUUUUGCAAUUAGCCUUGCAAAAUGGAAAUAGAGCAGAGAGUAAUUGCUUUAAUACGUGCGAAACCUAAAGGUAUUUCUGACAAAGCUUUGAGUAACGAGAUGCCCGACUUAAAACCACACCGUCGGGGAGAAAUUAUAAAUAAGCUUGUGUCGCAAGGGCAUGUUGAACUCUUGAAGCAAGCAGGAUUAUUGGUUUAUCGCUUUAAAGAUUCGACCAAGCUUGUUAAAGGUUCUACUAAUGAAGAAAAAAUGGUAUUUAAGAUUAUUGAAGAAGUAGGAAAUAAAGGAAUAUGGAUUGGAGAUAUAAGAAAGAAAACUAAUUUGAUGCCUAGUCAAUUACGAACAAUUUUGAAAAACUUUGAGGAUAAGCGAUUAAUAAAAGUCAAGACAUCUGUGACAAGUAACAAAAAAAUGCACAUGCUGUACCAUUUAGAACCAGAUGUAUCCAUAACGGGCAGCGUGUGGUAUCAAGAUAACGAGAUUGAAACGGAAUUUAUUGAUGUACUGAGCCAGCAAUGCUAUCAAUUUUUAGAACAAAAGAGAGAAAACAUGGAAAGUCUUAACUCUGGACCUAUUGCAGCGAGAAAUGCAAUGUCUGCUUCGUCUGAAGAAAUAUGGAAAUUUAUCUCAGAUUUAGGAAUAAGCAAGGUAAAAUUAUCUAUAAAGGAAAUGGAAAUGAUUUUGAAAACUUUAAUAUACGACGGUAAGAUUGAACAAAUACCCUCGGGAGAUGACAAAAAUGUAUACAAAUCCAUUCGGCCUUUGGUGAAUUUAUCUGGAUUAAUAGGAAAUCCUUGUGGCUUAUGUCCAGUGAGAAAGAAAUGUUCUGAUGAAGGUACUUUUACAUCUCUCAGCUGUCAAUACCUCAGAGAAUGGCUGGAACAAUAGAAUACUUCUAGAUAGAGAAUUUAAUUAAUACUUUACCUUUAUUUGUAAAAAAAAUGCAUUUUUAAAUUUUGUUACA